UUUAACGUCAGAAUUAAAAGCAAAUUGAAUUACAUUACACACAUUGUUUUUUAUACUUGUUAUUUUUACUGUUUGUUUCGAGAUUUUAAGCAAAGAUGUCGCUAAACCCAACAAUGGCCAACCAGUUGACAGCACCCGAAGGUCCAACAAUCGGAGUAAAGCCGCACGUGCAGCCCUGGGAGGUGAUCGCCUGGACACCGGCCCAGUUAACCAGGAUGUAUGCCGACUGGUCCAUAUACUUGUCCCGUCACCAGAGGCUGCGGCACGGGCUCCAUUGCGUGAACAGUGCCCUGAAUUUUGAUCCAGUCAACACGAAGGCGUUGAUGCGCCGGAGUCAGAUCCAGAGGAAAAUGGGCCGAGCUUCGGAAGCAUUGAAGGACUGCUCUUGGGCAGAAGCUUUGCUUAAGGAACAAGAGCCACCGGUCAGCAAAUCGCACGUCAGUUUGGAGGUCUGCGAUGCCCUCUACGAGUCAAAUCGAUUGGAGGAUACCAAGAUAAAACUGCACGACCAUCUACGGCUCUGCGGUUACGCCCAAGGAGUGCCUUUAGUAAAUCGUCUUAAUGUGGUGGAUGAAAACUUUCACGAUACCCUUUCUGAAGAUACUACUCUGGCAGUUCAGCGUUUAAUUAAUCGCAUGUUGAUCAGCUUGGCAAAGGAGCCCAAGGAAAUAAAGGGGGAUUGCGAUGUAGUUAGCAUAAUAGAAAAAGAGGAAAUCAUUUUGUCGCCCCUGGAAAUCGCUCGACGAAAGCGACAUUAUAAAAUAUAUAAUCAGACUUACUUAAAUAAAUGCUGGAAGGACGUGGAGUUUUUGAAGAAAUUGCGCAAUGAUCAAAAGGUACCUCCAAUACACACCAAAAGAUCAUCCAAUUACUUGCGCCAACUAUUAAAUUCUAAUUACCAGAGGGUGCGCAAUAUGACGAAAAUGUUGCACACUCGAUGUCCCAUGUAUGCCCAGCAUCAGCAAAAAUAUCCAAACGAAGCUUUUUGGACGAAGCAAAGAGAAGAAAAUCUAUACCGCAUUCAGUACCAAACAAGAAGAAAUAUGUUCAAGAUUUUGAGAAGUAUAAGGCAGUUAAUACGGGUUGGCGACUUACGGAAACUAUCAGAUUUUAUCGAAGAGGUUAUGGGUGACUAUACCACAAUAAAGACGCAUCGAGUCAUGCCGUGGAAAUUUGAAUUCAUUAAUGAGGUCUAUAACUACCUAGGUUUAGCCCGCCUUAAUGAGUUCAAAAUUCCCACCAACAUGUCGAUCUUGCAAGGCAAACAACGUCUCCUAACCUUAUUUAGAUUGCCGGUCGAAAAGAAUAUAGAGCUUCAAAUUAAAAAGACCAAUCGGCCGGAAUCUGUGUAUCAAGCCAGUUCCGAUACAACUGAUCCCAAGACGGAGAAAUUCAAAAAGAAAGUGGCACGGUAUGAGAAACGAAUGCUGUUUGCCGAAUACCACAUUGAACGCGCAUACCUUUUGCACGAAUUGGCUCAGUGUCAUUUGGACAAUAAUUCUUUUGACGCAGCCUGUUCUUUAGCUCGCAAGGCUCUUGAAGAGGCGACCAGAUGCAGAAGUGUUGUAUGGAGCUUCCUCAGUCUAAUGGUUAUUUGCAAGGCUCACGCCAUUCUGGGGAAGAUUGAACGCGAAAAGGAUCUCCUUUCCGAUGCCUUUAAGCUGGCAAAGCGGAUGAAAAACAUGGAGCUCUGCCUCUUCAUUGACAUUUGCAUAAAAGUCAAUGCAGAGGAGAUGGAACUGAAAAGACUGGUAUCCACGGACAUAAUUAAUAGGAGGCAUAGGUACAGGCAGGUUCUCUCUGAGUUAGGUAGCGCAGAACGCUACCAAUCUUACAAACAUUAAUAAUGUGAAAUAUAAAAAAAAAUUAUAACAUACUUAUUGACCAAAACUUUAAAA